CUCAGUUUUGGUUUUUACUCACGUACGCGUCCGUGCUCAUCCUAGUGCAUGUCUUAAGUUGUUGUUGUUUUCUAAACCAAUAGUAGGAAGCUUCCGCACUCAUUUCUCACGAAAAGCAAAGAAAUAAAACUACAGAAUCAUGGUGGAUUUUCACAAUCCCUCCUUGUUGGAGGGAACUAGAGGAGAGAUCAGCUUUUCGUCCGCGGACACGUUAAAAGAAGCACAAGACGAGCAGAAGAUAAGCGCGUUUCUGGAGAAAUUGAACAAGUCGCUACGGUAUCCAAUAUCGGAUGAAGAUGAGGAAGAAGUUUUGACGCUGGCGAUGCAGGUUUCGUAUUCUUAAGGCUCACGUGACUUCAUGAUCAUAAUCCGAGUAGUCUGAAAUCUCCAAAUCCAACUCAAAAUCCAGUUUUGUGAUUCACAGUCAAGCUUUGAAGCAAGUGGACUUAUGUUUUUCGUCCCCUCUAUUCUCUAAUACCCGCAGAAAGACCUAUUGCAAAUUCUCGGAAAGCACCCGACCUUACAGAGGUACACAAGCGCCCUCCGGAACCUGCCAGCUGGUAUAAGCUUAAGCUUAUAGGGAAGUUAGAUAUGCAACAUAUCGAUAUCUGCAUGACCACACUUGCCGAAUAUUGUAUGAUGAUUCCGAGCUACCUGGUGAGGUUCGCCCUGUAAAGUAUAAAAUGAAAAGUUUCAGCAUCAGUUUUUUCUCCUCUUUCUUACCCACGCAUUAUUCUAUAGUUGAUAGGGUAUAGAGCAAGAAGCACACCAGCAAAUAAACACAGCUUGUCUUUCCUUGAUUGUAUUGAUUCAUCCACUACCCCUGUACCUUUAAGGGAUUUACUUUUCUCACCUUUCUUAAGCACCAUGUCCACCACCCACUCAAUUCUACACACCAUCACCAGCCUCGCGUCUCCGCAAGUGUCUGGAAACUCACCGAGCUUGGAAGACCUAUGUGAAAACCAUGGCGGAGGAGUUACCUUUAUCCGGUCUCCAAUGGGACGCGUGCCAGUACUAAUGGAUAAAAAUAAUACUAUGCUUAUGCGUGGAUGAUUAUUUUGCUUCGUUCAGUUCCUAUUAAUGUUGUGAGAUGACUACAUCAAUGGUGAUGCUCUCUUGUAUAGACAGGGCAGCUUCUAGCUCAUCUUGUUGCUUUUACGUUACCCACCUAGCGAACCUCUUCUUUAUGAUAUUCUUACUACUUGCGUCCAACCUUCCAAUUCCAUCUUCUUGUUUUCCGUAUGUUUCCAGGGAACAACUGGUAGGCCCGGAUGGUUUAGAAGCACUGGAGAUUCAGAAAACAAAAACGGAAGAAUACAAUCGAGCUCGCGCGCUGGAAAUUUUUGGGGCCUUAGCUGAUUUGAACCAAAAAGUUGAGCGUACAACCACGCAAGGCAAAGACUUCAAUUACGGCCACGACAGUAGUUUCAUCUUAUCGUCUUCCCAUUUGGCUAAGAGCGUCGUACUUCUGUCAAAGUAGACUGUCCUUGUCGCUGUAGACCUCUUUAGAUUCUCUUUCGUAUUACUAAAAGUAGUAUCUGUUUUCAAAUAAAGUUUUAUUCUUCUGCGUCUCUACGUCUACUCUGGCUUCACCUCUCGUGGUCUCAUGCCGUGACCUUGUUCUCCUUGUACCAAUGUAGGGAUAAGCAUCUCCUUCUAACUAAUCCACUUCCAUCCGGCGAUGCUGAAUCUUGUGGCGCCAUCGAUUUCGCACAUUUUGAAGACGGAGAAAAGUUUGAUGCAUUGCAUGAAGUUGUAUAUUUCUUUUUGGUUUUUUCAUGUGUCUAGACCACCGCUUUCAUUGUAGGAAUCGUCGUAGACACCACACAGAACGAAGCCGUUUUUUCAUUUUAUGAGAUUAGCGUGAAACUUAUGCAUAUUAUAUUCUCUUACCUUGAUUAUACUUCAUUGCGAGCAGGAGCAUAUACAUUGCGCUUCAUAUUGUCACUUCGGCUACUCUCAGUGUCUGCGACAACCGAGAAGGACUCGACCGCUUCAUGUGGCUCGAGUCGUUUUUGAAACGAAAAGCAAACAAAGCCAUCUACAAGCGCUGGGUGCAGAAAAUGCGUGAGGCUGCGACGGAAAAUGGCAAGAAGAUCCUUCAGAUUCGCGACGAGGCUGAGCUUCAUGAUGAAAAGGAGGACAUCGUGGAUUCCGAGAAGCUGGACGAGUCUUCCGAACACGGACAGAAGGGCUUCGUGGUGGUGAAGCUAGUUAAGGCUUUGAUAAGUUUCUUCGUGAUCCAACUAGAACUACGACCACUGUCCUCUUUCUUGAUAACUAAACUAAAAGACCUUGCUCUCAUCUACAGCACCCUCAUCAUGAAACAAGGAAACAAAACUCAACAGCUAUGACUGACGUUCACGCUAUUCCUGGCCACACUCUAAUCGCAGGGAAUAUUUGAUCGAGCAAAUUUUUUUGAUUUACAUCGACCCAUCGCGGGCGUCGAAGCUCCGAUCGGCGUUGGAAAGUAUUUCUUAUCUUUGUGUGUAGUAGUUCUUUACUAAUUUACUUCUAUCUAUGAUAGUUGAUUCAUCUAAUUUCUUAUGUUUAUAAGCUGCUACUCUUAAAUACUUUUAUAAGUCAUUUCAGAUUUAAACUUGUUAGACGUAAGCAGUAGUAUAUUAUGAUAUUUUUGGACUCGUGGUUGGGCUUCAGCUUCAUACAUUUUUGUUGCGCGUUUCCCUUGUGGUUCAUCUCCACUAUUCACCAUGCAGGUCAGACGGGUGAAAUCCCGAACUCCCGCCAAAGGCUGCUGAAAGGCCUUAUCAAGAAAGCGCUUUUUCACGAGACCAGCGAACGACUAAAGCACAGCAAGACUGCGUUCCGCUGUAUCUAUCAGGUGAUUUGCAAGAAAAAGUACAACUUCAGUGCGGACUGGCCCUGGUGGUCUGAGAUAGAUGUGACGGAACAGGUCAUAAAAAACUGGCAGCCAGAUGCAGAAGAAGCCGCGCGAGCGCUGCGCUUUGAAGUAGCAGGAUUACACUUUUGAUAACGGGCUGUGCAUAUAGAUAAUAAGGAAUAUCCCGGGGUAAUAUGAUUCUCCAACUCCUUACACGAUCGCUCUUUCUAUGUAUUCUUUUAGCGUCAUACGAUGAAGGACAGGAACCGUCUCAGACUCAGACUCACGCCAGUCACGUACCCACCCAACUCACCUCUAGGACGACGACGAAGUUGAAAUAUCUGCGAAACGUGCCAAGACUUCAUCCAGCACCAGUGCGAGUUCCAGUUCCAAAGACGCUCCGAUCAGUGCGACUCCCUUUGGAAGUCAGCGCAAUUCACUGAUCACCGUUGCAGAAGCGAACUUGAUGCCGCCGCCGGUUGUGCCUACGAGAAAAAUGGGAGGUCGACGUACUUACUUUUUGCAUCUUGUUGGAACAGUGCUUUUAUUGCCUUGUUAAGUUCUUGAGAUUUAUGACUGUAUGCAUUUGAUUCAAUGACUUUCCUUUUUCAUGCCACGCUGUAGAGCUACAGCUUCUUUGAAGAAUAACUGUUGACUAUUUUCUGUUCACUAUUUCACCAGCCCCGCGCAACACGACGACUACAAACACGAAGGGAAAGAAGGACACCUUAUGAAGCAUUGUCUUGAUUAUUAUUCUAGUGUGGGAAGUACGUCAGUGCUGUCUCUCUCUUAUUAAGAGAUGAUGGGAGUACUCCAAGCGUGCAAGACCUUCUGAAAGUCUUUGGGGGUGUUCUUCUAUCUGUCUAAAAGUACUUCUUUUAUGAGUGUUCUAUCUGUAUAACAGUACCUCUUUUAUUAAUAUUUAGAUCAUCAGAUCUUCUUCGCACUUGUGCGUUAAUAUAUUAGAGUAGCGGCCGGACGUGGUUCUUCUGUUCUGUAUCGUUGCUACCUGGGUAUUUGGUUCUGUGAAUAAAAAACUGCUGUUGUCAGUGAGUAUGGUUUCCUCUUGCAAGUGUUGUCCGUUUAAUAAAAGUAAUCCUCUAGCUGUUAAGCUUAUAGCUAGAUAGUAUUUAGAUUUCGCAGGAGAUCAUAGAAGGAUCAUUACUUUUACCGAGACACUAAGAGCUUCUCUAAUGACGCCGGCCACGUCCACGGCCGUACUGAAUGAACCGACGGCGCUACAACUCCACCAGAAGAAGCAAGAUUUUCUUGAAGAUUUUGGCAUCUACGGGGAAGUUCAGGGUGAUCGUUUUUUCUUCAAUUAUGGCAGAGCUGAGACAAGUUUCUUUCUUCUGGAAUCUAUUGCGUAAUCGUUUGAUUUGAAUACUAUCAUGCUCCGAUGAAUGAUGUUCCGCCACUGCAUCCGCCUACUUCUUUUCCUUCGUGAUGAAUCAUACUGACUCUCAUGGUUUUCUAUAUGUAUCUGAAUACAUAACUCAUGAAGUACAUUCAUGAAAAACGCGACCCAUCCAUGCAAAGUUCUACCAAGUACUCAUCAGAAAGAGUAUGGCCCUGCUUCUAAUGGACAGUGCCGAUUUGGAACCUCGGCAUGGGGUUGACGAAGGUGGACGAUGAAGCAAUGCUGAGCGCUGUUCUAACAGCAGACGCCAUCGUUGUCGAGGACCGAGCGAAAAAAACUGAGUACAACGAAGAUACACGAGCUGACACCUUGAACGUUUUCACUUAUGAAAAAUAUUACGCACUUGCGCGUGCUUAUCGCCUCGAUUUGUGUCGUGUGUAUAAUUGAGAUUGAAAAUCGGGCUCCAAGUGUGGCUCUCUAUAUUAUUCGGAUUACACUCGAUCUUUUAUCUCCUUUUGUGGUCGUUUCUAAUCUCACAAGCUGGACAAGAUCGAUACGGCACUGGGAUUGGCGUUGACUAUUGAGUCCGGGCAGAAAAUAUAUGAACGAUCAUGCCAAGCAAAGAGAGGCUUGACGUACAUGUAUACAAAUUUGCCGAUCGAGGUGCGCACGUUGGCAAUUGAAGAGAAAGAGUGCACUAAGGUAAUUCUCCUCUUUAUGUCUAUCUCUAAUCUCUAUGAAGAACAGGACUGACAGACUCAAUAUCACUGUAGCUGGAUUUUCACGGAUAGAAUUAGCAGUCGUUAGUUCUACGACUGGCAGAAGCUUAGUAGUCUGUGGUCAAGUAUUAGCAUUACUCUGCGCAGGCAACUCCUCUGCAGUAGCACUAUAGCUAUAUCGUGCUCUAUUGUGUGCAAGCCGAUCGACAUAUCUAUCACGGGUAGGGGCCUCAGAUGACGGGCAAAAUUAAUCUAUCCAUGAGUAUGAUUAUCAGUAGUUAAAGUAUUGCAAGUCUCUCUAUUGAUAGGCUUUUGCCUUGUCUAACAGCGUCAGCGCUGUCUCUCGUAGUCGUCGUCAGUAGCAGUAAGUGACUUCUUAACCAUGACCCACCAUUACAGUUGUCCAGAUGGGAGCAUGGCCCGCUGUUUCGUGUGCGCGAGUAUGCACGAGUGUACGACAGGAUUUUGCGACCGAGUAUCCGGUCUUGGACAGAUUUACCGCGUCCGUAUGAUUUAGCGGUUUUUUAUGGCGAAAAGAAUAUAAGAAUAGAUGAAAAUCAUAACCCGGAUGAACAUCGAUAAAGAAUCUCAGACCGCUCAGUAUUGCGUUGAUAGCUUUCGGCCAUGCAAUACGAAGCCGUGGGCAAUAUGAAGGGCGCGGAGCUACAUACUCUUUGAACUGCAACUCUUCUAAUCUUGUCAAACGCUUGUGGUCGGCCUCCAAGUCGGACAGAAAGACGCGGCUCAAAGUUUAUGGGAAGAAGACCGUGUGAAUGUGUUGUAGGGGUAGGUCGUAAUGGGUACACGGGCAAUAGAAAAGCAAGGACUACUUAUCAUAGUAUAGCAAGCGCAUCCUGCAUCUGUCAUCGAAGGACGCAGUGAGCACCCUAGUCAAGUAGUGUUCUACACUUUAUCUUCGCCUUAGUAUAUGUAGACUAGUGCUGUUGUUGUACAGCACGGGGUCUCUCUCGUGGUAGAGUUAGACACGCAUAGGCUGACUAGCCAAGAUUCGCACGAUCUUCACUCCCGUAGGUACUGACCUCUAAUCUAUAUUAAUGUUGGGUACGGGGCGCAGCUUCAUUCUGUUUUGUCUGAGGCGACGCCGGAUAUUAUGCUUCCCUUCUCUUGUUAUCUCGAGCAUGCGAUUGAAAAAAAAGCCCUCAGCGUGGAGGAGUUCGUACUAAGUUUUAUGAGUUUUAGACGCUUCUUGCCAUUAGAUGCAAAAGUCUGAUAGUGCAGCUCGCUGUAGAUCUGCAGCACAGAAACCGAGCUUAAGUUUGAUCGAUCAACGUCAAAAUUGAGUAUGAGGAUAGCUUCUGAAUGUUAUUCAUAGAGAAAUGUGCUACGGUGGAUUGAAAUGCAUGGACUAUUGUCUAUCUUUCUUCAUUAUCCUCUAUUUAGGUUGACGAUGUUCCCGAGGAUGUAUUAACGGAUCUACGCAAACUGGGCGCCAAAGCGAAGGCCCCUAUCCCUCCGGUCCUCAAGCAAAAUUAUGUUCGAGCUUUCCACAUUCAGAGCUUUCCUUUAGUCGGACUUUUAGAGCAGCAGCUUGUUACUUUUGCUUAGUUGACGCACUGGCGUGCCAGUGCUUGUUGCUGUUUCUGGAACUAGAGGUAGAGCCAAACAAUUCAGAGCCAUUGUCUUUCUUAGUUAAAUUAAUAUUAGAUAACGCAGAUUCUUUCUCUCUAAGCGCGGGUCAUCGAAUACACCAAGAUCGAUUAUCAGAACCAUUUGGAAGACAACAUGAAUGUCGAAAAUUUCGCCACUGGCGGUGGUGGUGCUGGCAAGAAAAAAAUGGCCAUGAAGAUGAAACAAGCUAAGAAAUCUGCUGCAGAUGGCGGCGCCGGAGAUGAAGAUGAUGACGGAGAGAUCGGAGACCCGGUACAGCUAAGGGCUUGUCUGCUGAUUGUAGUAUUACGAGAGUUUGUUAGCGACCGCAGUAGUUAGUAAACACGUUUAUGGUAGAGACCCUUUCUAUCUUUCAUGUUGCCUUUGCUUCACGCUCCUUUUUACUUACCUUGUAGAAGUUCAAACUGAAACUCCCACUGUGCAUGCGUCUUCCUUAUUCCAAUAGGCGAAAAGCCGACCGGGGUCAACCUUGUGUUUGGAGGCUGUGAUGGCCAUGGGUCGAGCAGUAUCCGACGUUCAUGACGCUCUUCUGGAGUUGAAGAAGGUCAUCAAGACAGCUAGCAGCAAGAAGAAAAAAGAUGCUGGCGGCCGACAGUAUCUACGCCAGUUCGAGGUCCCAAAGUCUUGGCUAUUGCUCACUCAGUUGGUCUGCCAACUGACUGUCGAUAAUCCCGAGACAAGAUCGACAGCGGGUCUAUCCAUGGUUCGGGUUAUGGUACUAAUUUUUUCACUCGUGUUGCUCUUCCCUCUCGGAGUUGGUUGCGAUCGCGUCCAAGUUCUUUUUUCAUUUCUGUGUGAAGAAUGAUUACUCUCAAUUUCGCUCGCUCAUGGGGCGUAAGAUCUUGAAUGAUAGACAAUUACUGUACCGUAACACGAACACGUCCCUCCGUCAACUCAUCAGCAAACAUCGAUCGGCAAAGCGAUUGCGGACUUGCUCGUUACUAGAGCGGAUCUGAAUCUUGUCAAGAAGUUAUGCGCCUUGAGUGUUAAGAACUACCUCGCCCCCCCUGUGUUCUAUCUACGUACUCUUGCGUGCGUCGUUUCAAAAAUUCAACAGUCGACUGCAUUCCAAUGAGUUAUAUAUGACUUUUUCAACUUCAAUUCUAUUCAGUGGACCCCUCGUGCACGUACUGUCGAUUGGUUUCAACAGUGGUCGCUUUUCAAUAUAUGCUUUCUAACUGAUGCGGUGGACCUGAUUCCUGGCCAACAAGCGAAGAUUGACUUUUUGGAAAAAAGUCACAUCAAGUCCGUUUUUCAGCUGUACGAACCGUUGCGAAAUUAUGAAGGGGUGCAUAGUAAUGGCAUUCGAGACAAUAAGACUGCUGGCUCCUAUCAGUAAUAUUUAUUUCCGCACCAUUCUGCCCGAGAUUAAGCCUAUUCUUCCCCUGAGAGUAUCACUAUAUCUACAUGAAAAAGAUUUGCCCAAACACAGCGGCAGCGUUGACGAGUAGCGCGGCUUCGCCUGUACUGUUGUCCCCUAUGCAUGGCAUGUUUCUAACGGCCGUACCUGAUCGAUUAUGCCAAAGGAGAGGAGAGGGAGGAAAACGUGCUGGAUGAAGCAGAUGACGACGAUGAUGAGGGAAAGACGGCGGCAGAGAUCCAACGAGCCAUGGAGAUGAGGGAGGUGCUGGAGGAGCAGCAGGAUAUGGAAGACCCCGGCUUCUGAGCGAAGUAUUUAUAUACACUUCCAUCAUUAAGGAUCUUUAUAGCAGGUAGAUAGACCACAUGAUCCAGCUCCCUCGGUUAUGAUUACUCUGAAUGAAAUACUCAAGACGACUUUACUGAGGUCUUCUCUGGUUGAUGAUGCUUCUCUUCGAAGCCUGCGCCUCUUGUGCCGUCAAUACAAACAUUAGAAGCAUCAUGUUGCAACCUCUCCGAUUUCUUCUCCUUCUGAUGCAAGUGAAUGAUAGGAAUAAUUAAUAUCCUUAAGGAGUCUCUCCUUUCCCACCCUAGCUCCAUUUAAAUUUUUACUCGAUGCUUCUACGUACAUGGGGAGAAUUAUAAUGCAUGCAGGUCAAGCUGAUCGUCUGGCUGCCCGAUUCUGAGUGGGAUUAUGGUGGAGAGGACUAUGCCGUGCCAAUUUAUUUCUCUGGAAAGCGUGCGACUCCGUCGUCGUUCUUCUGAGGACUAAAGGUAUAGUCAUAUCUAACUAUCUACUGCAGGAGAAGGGCUGCUUUUAUAGAGGAACGCUUUGCCUUUUGAGACACGUUGAUGCUGUAGGUAGGUACUGAGUAGACAUGUUACUCAUUUUGUCUUGAUAGCACGAAAACUAAGUUUAUCCUUCCCUUCAUAACGCUUUUUCUACGAUGUGUUAACUAGAGUAUCUCUAUCAGUAUUAGUAAGAAGCUGGGCAGCAUUUCAUAACAGUUAGCCUUAAUAUUCUUUCAAAUGGAUAAGAAGGCCUGUGGGUCCUGAUUGCAACACCUGAAAAGUAAGAGAGCUAGUGCUAGAUACAGUACUACGAAUAAACCAAAUUUUUACGAAUGCCUGGUCGUUCAUGUAGCAUUCAACCCUCAAAGACAUGGGGCUGCGAGCUAGUGUGUCUCUAGAAAUAGACGAAGUGGGUGGUCUCUUUAAGUGAGGACACAAUAUUGCGUCUGUGAUAGGGUCUGAGUGAGUCUGCUCCGAUUUUUUACAUUCUCAUCCCUCAGCUGUACUUCGGAUUUGUUGAGAUCUAGUUGGACUCUCGGUCACCGCGCCAUAGGGUAGGGCAGGUUCUAGAUUAUAUCGAGAGUAGUUAAAAGAUAGGCUUCUGCUGUUUGUAAUGUCCAUGCACAACGUUCCUGAUUGUAGUGCCAGUUCAUUGCGGUUUCCUGUAGGUAGCAGUCCAGCAGCAGUUUUCUUGUGGUAAGUUUAGUGUUAUUCUUAUAAACCCUCCUUGUGAUUAUCAGUCUUACUAAUAUUAUAGUCAUCGGAUCAGCUUAGAAGGAUAGCACUCAUACAAUACAAAUCACGUUCACCAGGAGACGAGAUAGCUACAUUUAGAAUUAGGAAUAUUCGCGUCGCUUGUUCUUGUCGUUCUGAAAAUAAUGCUCGUGCUCCAUUCUAGAAAUAUUGAUAAUGUACAUCAAAUGCACAGUGCUAUAAUUCUCAUGAUCUAAUAUUGCUUGCGUUUCUGAUUAUUACAAUCUAAAGGCUCAGUUGUAGAGUUCGGUCAGCGUCUAUUAUUGAAACCAAGACCACUAAAAAACGUAGGUAGAGGCGCUAUGACUCAAAAGCGUCACGGUCUCCAUUAUCGGACAAUCCUAGUUCUUCAAAAUUAUUCUUCUUGCAGUUUGUUAUCGUUCUUGCCUUAUUUGGAGUUUAUGUAGACAACGCCAGGCCCAGGCAGUGAUGCAAGAAUAUAAUGGGUAGAGCGUUUAUGUUAAUGAUAUUGGAUGUUUAGGUAGCGGUGUCUUACUUCUGAGAUUGGUCACCAACUUAGAGCAGGAUCUGAGUCUAUGUCUUUUUCAAUUUCAUUUGAGGAAUCACUAUUACGAAUCACGUUGACACUAUAAAUACACUACUCAUUGCCAUGCCGAUGCCUGCCACGACUGCAGCCUAAGAGGCCCCCUGACAGAAACUCCCCCUCAUCGUAGCCCAUGUGCUUCAUCAAGACUAUAGAUAGCUGUUUUAUCGUGAUUUCAAUCGAUACCAACUCGAUACUUUCUACGUCCGACGAAUAAACCAAAACUCUCACCCAGGCAUCGCAGUGGCGCCAGUAUCACGACUAUUUUUGCGGGCAGCAGUGUUCUAUCGGUUUGUUUUGAUGGAGAUUGACACCUGUUUUUAUUUCCUGGUCGUCGUCGACGGAGAGCUUUUGCAUGGCGAAAAAAUCAGUUAAGUAUGUUUGAGAAGAAUUGCAAGUGUGCACUCAAUGAGUCCAGCCAUGUAGCAGGAAACUAAUAAAAGUAUUACUUCAGUGAGUAACGUUCUAGGUUCUUACGAUUGAGGUGCUGUCUGUCCUGAUGAUCGAAGAGCUAGGCAUGUAUUUUCAUCCAUAGAUCACACUCGUUUCUUGUAGGUGUGACAUCGUGAGAAGAAGCGCCUGCUCUACCUAGGGAGGACGUAGCUCCAAUUCAUUCAGAUGGAAAGAGAGCCAGCGAGGAUAUCUGUGUGAUCUUAUUCUGUUGUUACAUUUUGUGAGGCACUACUGAUCGCGUAGUGAAGUUCUAUUCUCAUUUUUGAGCGUGCAGCGCAACUCGUUUAUCUUCUAGUAAUACUGAUAAUCUUUUCAUGAAAGCGAGUUGCUAGGUAGAGAAGAGUGGUUUCAAUAUCUAGACUGAUGUUAGAUUAGAUUUGAAUUUCGUGAGUCAAUGAUAAUGAUUUCGUAAUCAAGUCAAACUACAGGCCAGGUUGUAGAAGUAUUCUUUCUAUGGAUUGAUGACCAGAACCACCCGAUCACCAAAACCGUCGCUCUUCUUGUCAAUUUCCCUCCCACACUCAUUUUCUUUACUUCUAUCUUUCUGCUGACGCCGUGGUCUCGUUCUAAUAUUAUUCUGCGCCACGACUCUGUCUUCUACACGCCGGAACUGUCGUCUUAGACUAUGAGCUUCUGAGGCUCGCUCUGGCUUAGAGACACAGUUUUUCUGUCCCGUGAUUCUCCCAAACUAAUGCUAUCUGCGCGUAGGCGUGGGCAUAGAAUUAUUCAAAUACAUCAGGUGGGGUUACGUAUGUAGAAAACGCCUGUCCCGAUGCUGUUAGUGCUUUGGGUGACGUUUCUACAUAUAUGAAAGUAGUAAUAUGAGAUAGCGAACAGAGGUAAGAAAAUUAUGACGAGAGUAGAGACUUAUUAGGGUCGUUACGCUCUUCUCAAUCUCAAGUUCUUCGAAAUCGUUGCGUGCCUUGUUCUUAUUUAUGCGCUUUGAUCUUAAUCGAAUACAUCACAACAGUUCAACAACAACGAUCUAAAUUUCGAUCACUAUUUCAGGAUAGACAUGCCGCUCCAUCAUGUCUGCCAACCAUAGGGUGUCUUCGCUUUUCCUGCUGAAGCAGUAAAAAGAUCCAUCAAAAUUCUAAUCAAACUAACUGGUGCCAAAUAGUAUGGGUCGCCCAUGACUGAAAAGCGAUUUUGAUUAUGGAAGGUCGAUCUGUUUUCUGCAUUUUGUUUGCCAUCAUCUUCGAAAGUAAAGCCGUUGUCAGACAAGGCGCGUCAGAGUGGUAAUGUAAAAAGUAAGGGCUUUAUCUUCGUGCUUGACCUUGAAUGAUGAUAGUUUACAGCCCUUAAUCUCAGUGCGUUUUUUACUUCAUAUAUUCCAGAUUGUUGCUAAAUUUCUUUCAGAAUUGACUGGUACAGGUAUGGGUCGAGGGUUUGUGUAAGUAUGCUUGAUAAUGAUUAUAGUACAUUCUUCUUUUUUCUGAUUCAGAUAUGAACUUCCUAGAUUAUGAAGGAGUAACUCAACAGGGUGAAGGGCUUCAAUAUAAUCAAUCCCAGCAGUUAAAGCAGCCAGUCCCUUGCUAGGUGUUAGAAGGAAUGGAUAUCGGAGAACUGUCCACAGCUUCAGGAGCGUUUGGAUGGAUCUCAGUGCUUUGCAAAGAAAGAGAUACUACAUUGGCAACCCUUCGCAACUUGAUUUGUCAACAUGGAAGAAGAGUCUGAACGUUUUUGACUCAGCUAAAGUGGGUGAUCAUAGUGAGCCAGUAGCCACGUAAUUAGGGAUCUUGCAACGAUGUCAAAACACGAAGCGCACCUGCCUACGGCAGUGUCCACAAUUACUUUGUGUUGCUCGCUCGUAGCUCGUGCAUUGAAUAAAACAAGUCACAGGCCGCUGCAGCUACAGCUAUUUCAGCUGUGACUAUUUCAGGAGCUCAGCAAAAAACAGUCGUCGCGUCGUAGCUCUCAUGUAUAAUGCGGCUAAUGCUUAGCGGAAUCGAAGGAGAAUAGAAUACUUUAAAAGUCAUUACUUUAAGCGCCCUUGUCUAGAGUAGACUAAAACCUGAAGCAGCGCCAUUUUCUUUGCGGAGACUCUGACAGGCAGACCUAUAUCUUAAAUCUUGCGAGCGAGGUCAGUGUGUGAGAGUGACCAAUCGUUCGCAGUCGACAAGUCUCGCGAUGAUCGACGCUGUUGCAUAUUUUAGCAUGGAAAACUAUAAUAGGACUGAAUCAGCUGCGCUUCGACGGUAAACGAG